CCCAGUGGUUAAGGGCUUAUCCUCUGUCGUCCCAGGUCUUGGGUUCGACCCUGGCUCAUCUCGAGAAUAUCUUAGAACAGAUACUCACUUGUAAGGCUAUAUAAGCCAUAUUUGUCAAAAAAAGUAUAAAAUUAUAUAAGAUUGUCCUAAUCAAUAUUGAAUUAUUUAAUAACAAAAUUAUAAUUAAUAUAAAAGUCUUCUUAUAAUAGUACAAGAAUAAUAUAAUCCUAGUCGAAAUGGAAGUGAACAAGUUUUUAAACAAAAGAGCAAGACGAAUAAUCCUAUUCCUACUUAGGAGCAAAGAAAGAGAAAGAAACAAGGCCUAUAUAAACAUUAUUCGGCCUUGUUGUUGUUCUACACUUCUCCCGCCUUCUCUUCUUAAAUUUUAAAUUUUCUCAUCAUGUCACCUCAUCACUUUGUUUUAUUCUCUUUUGUAUUGCUUAUGAUUCCGAAUUUAAUUUUAGCCGAAUGUACAUGUGAUUCCGAAGCAGAGGUGCGUGACAAGAAUCUAGCUCUCAAGUAUAAGAUAGUUGCUAUAGCUUCGAUACUUGGUGCGAGUGCGAUCGGUGUUUGUAUUCCGUUUCUAGGGAAAAUAAUUCCGGCUUUGAACCCGGAGAAGAAUUUGUUUUUUCUCGUUAAGGCUUUUGCUGCUGGUGUGAUUUUGGCAACCGGGUUUAUACAUGUGCUUCCGGACGCCUUUGAGAAUUUAACAUCUCCGUGUUUAGAUCAAAAUCCCUGGGGGAAAUUCCCGUUUACGGGAUUUAUUGCCAUGGUUGCAGCAAUCGGGACUCUGAUGAUUGAUAGUUAUGCGACUUCUUAUUAUAGCGAAUCACAUUUGUCUAAUAAAGCUCAAGCUGCUGUUGGCGAUGUGGAGGACUCGGGGACUCACGUGCAUGGCCAUGUUCACGGAGGUAUGGCUUCAGAGGCCUCCCAACAGCUUAUUCGACAAUGCGUGGUAUCACAAGUACUGGAACUGGGAAUACUUGUGCACUCGGUGAUAAUUGGAAUAUCAUUGGGUGCUUCGGAGAGUCCCGAAACAAUCAAACCCCUGGUGGCUGCACUCACUUUCCAUCAAUUUUUUGAGGGCAUGGGCCUAGGCGGAUGCAUCACUCAGGCGAAAUUCAAGUCUCGAGCAGUAGCUGUCAUGGCAUUGUUUUUUUCGCUGACAACACCGGUUGGGAUUUGUAUUGGAUUAGGGAUAGCAAAUAGUUACGACGAGAAUAGUACGACAGCCUUGAUUGUUGAGGGCUGCUUUAAUGCAGCAUCAGCAGGUAUAUUGAUAUAUAUGGCACUGGUAGAUCUACUUGCUGUUGAUUUCAUGAGCCCCAAAUUACAAAACGAUGGAAAGCUACGAUUGGGAGCUAAUGUUUCCCUUCUUCUCGGUGCUGGUUGUAUGUCUCUUCUAGCCAAAUGGGCCUAAAUUUUGGUUACAUGCUCAACAGUUGUACUUAUGAUCAAUUUAUAGAUAUUUAUAAACUCCUAUUCAUCUUACUUGAAUGGAAAGAGUUUAGUACUUGUCAAGUUACACUCCUGUGGCAGUAGAAGAGAUGAUCAAUAUCAAGACAGAGCGUUUUAUUGUGAAAUCUAUGUAUCUACUCUACUAGCAAGUAAUGUGUUGGACUGAUUUGAAGUUACUAACAUAUGAAUCGGAUUUUCUAGUA